AUGUCCGAAACAAGGUCACCGGAGCCGCCUGCCCAGGCCAAUAACGUUCCGGACCGUGAAGUAUUCAUCGAAGUCGAAGAUCAGGACAACGAUGCCGAAGUCGAGUCUCACAGUAUUGCAUCAUCGAGCGCCAGCGUGACCAGCUCAAUUCUUGACUAUCGCAUCGAGAACGGACGGACCUAUCACAAGUACAAAGAUGGCAAAUACAACCUGCCGAACGACAGCAGAGAGACGGAGAGGCUCGAUCUUCAACAUCACAUGUUCCUGCUUUCUUUCGAUGACAAGCUCGGAACUGCUCCGCCGAACGAGCCUGGGGCCGAAGUUGGUCGUGUCCUCGACGUCGGUACAGGUAGCGGAAUCUGGGCCAUGGACUUCGGCGAAGCCCAUCCCGAGGCUGAGGUCCGAGGAAUCGAUCUCUCAGCGACGCAGCCCGAGUUCACGCCGCCGAACGUGAAGUUCGAAAUCGAUGAUUUCGAAGAGCCCUGGACUUUCUCACAACCUUUUGAUUAUAUCCACAGCCGUUUAAUGAAUUCGGCGGUCAGCGAUUGGAAAGGUUACAUCAAGAAAUGCUUUGAUAACUUGGCACCCGGCGGAUAUCUCGAACUUAUCGAGGUUGAACCCUUCCUCAAAUCUGACGAUGGCACAUUGAAGCCCGAACAUUCGGUCAUGAAGACUUUGAUGCUGCUGGUGGAAGCAUCGCAGAAGCUUGGAGCUGCCUAUCAAGACCCAAAAGAGUUGAAGUCUAUGAUGAUCGAGGCGGGCUUUACUGAUGUUGUUAUGCAGCAGCUGAAGUGGCCUACUAACCCCUGGCCGAAAGAGAAGCGUUACAAAGAGCUCGGAAUGUGGGGUAGUGUCAACAUGGAUGAGGGAUGGGAGUCGAUUUGUAUGGCUCCAUUAACCAGAGCCUUCAACUGGACUCGGGAGGAGGUUCUGUUGAUGAUGAUGGAGAAUCGCAAGGACUUUCAUAACAGAAACAUCCAUGCUUACAUCUCAAUCUGGGCCAUCCACGGAAAGAAGCCAGAGAAGGCGGCUACAACGGAAGGCGAGAGUAGUUGA